AAAAUAGUGAAAUACCGUCACAAUGAUUUAUAUAAUCUUCUCAGGUAAUAGGGUUUCUUAUCUCCGUAGAGUACAGCAAUUACAGAACUAAGAACAACUCUUCCCACCACUAUUCCAAUGGCUGCAGUCACCGGCGUGAGCCUCACAACCCCAAAAGUACUGGCAUUAGAAUCCCCAAAAAAGGUACAAUCCAUCAAGUUUUCAUUGCUAAACAAUCCGUGGAAGAGGUGCACUGAAUUUGGGCGAAAUGGGAUGUAUGUUCGCCCAGUGGCCGCCGCCCCUGAGGGCCUUUCGGAGAAAUUGGCAGAGAGCGUGAAGAACGCCGAGGAAUCAUGCUCCGAAAACGCCACCUCCGGCGAGUGCGCGGCGGCGUGGGAUGAGGUGGAGGAGCUGAGCGCAGAGGCCAGCCAUGCCCGGGACAAGAAGAAAGAGUCCGACCCGUUGGAAACUUACUGCAAGGAAAACCCGGAGACUGAUGAGUGCCGCACUUAUGAUAAUUGAUUAUUUUAUCGUGGUUGUGUUAGGAUUUAAUUAUGGUCAUUUGAUGUUGUAACGGUUUUAUACUUUUGUUUAAUCAUGUUCCACUAAUAUAAAUAUUUAUUACACUGAAUCAUACAGCUAUUUUUCGUAUGUUUCAAGUGUUUUUCAAAUUUUAA